CAGAGCAUCCUAAAAAAGACUGCUUGGUCAGGACAGGAUUCUGGAGCCUUCACUAAAUCCUAGAUAUUUUAGGGGUUUUGUCACUGUUUCAUAAUGGAGGCAGGAAACGAAGUAGGAGUGAGGGUCAGGAGAGCUGAGAGCGCGAGUCUGCCGCCCGCUCCCGUCCUGAAUUGCUGUAGCUGGGUCGUUGGGCUCUGGGUGCCUGUACCCGCGUGUGCAGGGGCCGUGCCAGCACAGCGAGACCUGGGGCUGCGCUUUGGACAGAUCCCCAGAGCUGCCAGCGACAGAAAAUCCGGGAGAGUUACUCCAAACAGUCCCUUCCUUGUGAGCCCGCGGUACACGCAAGCAAUGAAAGACAAGCUUCUUCCCGAGAUCCUUGGUGCAACUCUUCCCCGUCUUCUGUGUCCGGCGUGGAGAGGCCCUGAGAAGACACCAACCUCCCCUCACAAAGCAAUCCAUUCAGCCCAGAUUGUAUUUUUAGCAAAGCACGAUUCUUCUUCAGUUUCAAAAGUAGCAAGUGGGGAAUGCAGCCUACAUCAGUGCGAGAUGCAGAAUGAUCUCAUUCAGGCUGCAGCAUCUGUUUGGAUUAAAACAAUUACCAGUGAUAUCAGGAGAUCUGCAUUUUUUCUUGUCAUAGCCAGAGGCCGUGGUAAACAAGAACUGUUUUCUCUGUGUGCUUUCUAUGUCAGUGGAGCACAACUGGGGAGAGAUGCUCCUGUUCUGCGUCUGGGAUCUCAGACCAGGAGCCCUGCACUUCCAGCAACCGUCUCUGCCUUUGUGCUUUUGGGGGGCAGUUUGCUUUCCCUUUCACAAACUCUUUCCAUCAUUAAGUUUAAGCUGUGUGAGCAGUAGAAAUACCUGUGUACUUCCUUUCUGCUGGUGUUACCUGAGGUGUUGUGACUCGUUGAUGUAUCCGUGUUAAACGCUUAAAAAGAAA